AUGACGGACUGGGAUGUUACUCUUCCUGCUUCCUGGUACACUAGCUCGGGAAUCUACAGUCUAGAGAGGCGGGCAAUCUUUCUCAGGUCGUGGGUUCUUCUAGGAGCCGUAACGAAGUUUCCCGAAACCAAUGUUAACUAUGAGCAUGAGCUAGCUCAGAUCGACUUCAUUGUCCGUCGCGAAACUGAAGAUUGGGGAAGCAUUACAAUCACCAAGAAACACGAUGGUACCCUUAUGCGAUCGCACCUAACUCCAAAUGGUCUUGUUUUCUUGACACUGUCCGACGAGACCUGCUCCUUUGAAGAGUUUUUCCCUAGCUUUGAGGAGUCCACGGCCCACGCCGACUUUACUGAACUUCCACUGAGACGUCCUCUAAAGUACACCUCUCAUAAUAAUUGGAAGGCUGCGGUUGAUGCCUAUCAGGAGUGUCUCCAUUGUGCCUACGCGCACCCCGAGUUUGCAAAGACAUUCAAGCCUGCGGGCUACAAAGUCAUCAAUAAACACAACUACUCGCAGCAUAUGGCUACUGCAACUGGUGCCGAUGAUGGUUUAUUCUUUUUUCUUUUCCCGAACUGCUCUUUGAGCUUGUACGCGGGGGGUUUGACCUGCUGGCGCAUUAACCCAUCUGAGAAACCCGAACAGGCCCGCAUGGAGUUCGACUACUAUCACAAGGCCCCUUCCGGAAGCGAUGAGUUCGAAAAGUGGUAUAGCUUCACGCGAAAUGUUGCAGUUGAGGAUAUUGAGCUUUGUGAGAAGACUCAAGUCAAUCUUAAUAUUGGUAUUUACUCGGAGGGUCUGCUGAAUCCCGAGAAAGAGAAUGGAGUUAUAUACUUCCAUGGCCGUAUACUUGAGCUGUGUUCGUCUCAGUUGGAGAAAGAAGAGGCUACGCAACCCCUAGCCAGGCCGUUACAGGGAAACCCAAUUCCUCUUCUCCAAACAUCCGGUUAG